AUGGAUGAAUGUGAAGUGCUUUGCAAUAGGAUAGCUAUUUUGAAGAAAGGAGUUCUGUGCUACAUAGGUGACUUAAAACAACUGAAAAAUAAAUAUGGAGAAGGUUUUACUUUAUUUGUUAAACUUCCCAGGAGACAUAUAAUAAGACGAGCUAUCACUGGUUCCAAAAGUACUGAUGAAGUAAAAGUUCUUUUAGAACAAAUAUUUCCAGAUGCUGUUUUAAAAUUAGAGUACCCAAAUUUUCUCACCUAUUACAUACCAAACCGUGAUCUGAAAUGGUCUAAAAUAUUUAACGAAAUGGAAAAGGCAAAACGUCAAGAAAAAAUAAAAGAAUAUUCAAUAAGCGAAACAACAUUGGAUCAUAUAUAUUCCCAUCUCACAGUAGUCGGAGAGAAUACUGAAGAAAAAACAAUGACUGAUUACUUAAAAGAACGCUUACAAAGAGCUAAACAUUAAAUGCGUACAUGUAUGGUACCUGUUUAUUUUUUGAAAAAUAAAAUUAUUCCUUGACGUAAAUACUGUAUUAGAAAGUAUAGCAAAUCUAGUUAAUGCCAUGA